AAUCUGAAGAAUGUCUGCCCGAAGGGCUACCAGCGAUUUUGAAAUUUUGCGAGCCCUGCUGUUACAACAGCUAAUUAAUGGCCAAAUACAGAGAAUUCUAUGGUUUGACAUUUUAGGUGAUUCAAUUACGUUUGCUCACUUUUAUGUCUUGUAGUUUUACUGGUUGUUUUUAAUUAUUUGUUUACUACAGGUUUUAAGGAAGCAAAUUUUAUAUUAAGGCUAUAUGUAAAUGAGUAAUCAUGGUGUGUGUAUAUAUAUAGUCUAUUACACGGGAUGUGUGUAUGCCAUAGUUAGUUACUUCUGAGAAAGUGGGAGGAGAACAUGAUAAUUGAUCUUAACUGUCACUGUGGUGCUUGUAAAUCUUUAUCAUGUUUGUGCUGACAAAUUGGGCUAGUAGUUGUUUUGUGUAGCAUUUAUCAUUUAGCUUGAUUGUGAUGAGUUAAAUAUGGUAGUUAUGAAUGAUUAGUGGAUUAUUCAGCUCCCCUUGGCACCUAUUAUUUAUGUAUUCGCGUGAAUGUGCAGUUUUUGUGUGUGUUCUGAGUCAUGCAGGCGUAACAGGUGAGUAAGGGAGAGGAAAUAGGAUGUUUGUCUGCGUUUGACCUGUGGACACAAUUAGCCGCCUUUAGACCGGGAGAGGCUCACGUGAGUUCAGCUAUAACAAUAUAUCAAAGCAAACAGGUUCACACGUGAGGCCUUCAAACUCAAUCACACAAUGUCAUUUUAUUUGCCCUUUGUUAUUUUCAAUUACCAAAAAUAGCUUUCUAAAAUUGUAAGCCUCAUAUUUCUGCUCCAAAAAUGGGCCCCAUUCACUUCCAUUGUAGGCGUCGCACAAUAAACUUGAUUUUUUUGUUUUUAAUCGAGGGAGGUAUCUAUAUUAAUAUUUGUGAUAAUCAGCAUUAUGGAACAACUGCUGCUGAUUGAGCUUAAUUUACUGAAACUGGAAUAUUCCUUUACCAUUUUUUAGAAUAAUAAUUUAUAGGUGCUGUAGGUUGACCUCCCUGAAAAUGUAUACAUUGAUAUUGACAUAAAUUUUUUUUUGAGCAUCCUGACCAGCUCAACCAAUGGCGUGAAUCUCUUUAACCGACCGAUUGCAAAUGGGAGGAGUGCUUGGGAAACCUGUUUUUGAUUCCGUUUUGGAGGCAUUAGGUUUCUACUGUAUGUCGGUCCAUAUGCUUAUAGAAGUGAAUCAGUGUAUCACCUACAUAAACAGACCCAGAUCUUCUCUGUAAGUUUGAGCAAAUCUGUUUUAAUGAGCGGUUUUGACAUCUUUAUAAGUCACCUUAUUUUGCCUCUAAUCCUCGUUCCAUUCUCCCGUGCUCUCUGCCUCCCUCUGGCUGGGAUCACGGCUGACCCACUUGGCGUCAGUGCCAGCGGUUGGCUCUUCGCCAUUUCUCUGAAAGACCAGACCAACAGCCGCAGCAACUCCACCAGGAGGCCCCCUGCCAGCUGCGUCGUGAGGCCCUGCCAGUGGAAAGCAGUAUUGCUCAGACAUUUUCCUGUCUGCAGACUGCUGGACGUUCACGCUAACAAAGGGCGCUUUUGUGAGAUCCAGGCACAGGGGCUUGAGGUUGACUGCUGGCCCACAGAAGGGACUCUAACCCUGGGAAAUCAAGAUUUAAGCGCUGAUUUACAGUGGUUAAGGAGCAUUGCUGCUAUUACAGAAAUAAUGACAUGAGAGGUGGCUAGUGCUAACAUGUGGUGCCUCCAGUCUCACACACGAUUGAAAGCACAUACACCCCACAGAGACCCACAGCAGGCUUUUCUACCUUGACCUCAAGAGUCCUCUGAUUGACCCUGCACACAAAAACAUUCAUGUUCACACGCACCUUCUGUCUUGCCCACCAAUUGUCCUCAUCCUACAUCCUGUGGCAAGCUUCUCUCUUCCUUCCUUAGAGCAAGCAGGCCUGGAGGUUACAAAUGUCUACCUCACGCUUAAAGAUCCUCUCUCUACAACUGCGACCCUGAACACACUACAAAAAUGACCUCUAGCAUAGACCGGGAUGACAGCAGCAUCUUUGAUGGGUUGAUGGAAGAAGAUGAGAAGGACAAAGCAAAACGAGUUUCUAGGAACAAGUCGGAGAAGAAGAGGCGAGACCAGUUCAAUGUGCUCAUCAAGGAACUGGGCACCAUGCUGCCGGGCAACACCCGCAAGAUGGACAAGUCUACCAUCCUACAGAAGAGCAUCGACUUCCUGCGCAAGCACAAAGAAAUUGCCGCACAGUCCGAGUCGAGUGAAAUCCGUCAGGACUGGAAGCCGCCUUUCCUUAGCAAUGAGGAGUUCACACAGUUGAUGCUGGAGGCUCUAGAUGGCUUCUUUUUGGCCAUCAUGACAGACGGAAACAUAAUCUACGUCUCAGAAAGUGUCACGUCUUUAUUAGAACAUCUACCUUCUGAUCUUGUGGAUCAGAAUCUGUUGAAUUUCCUUCCACUGGGUGAGCACUCAGAGGUGUAUAAAGCUCUAUCCACACACAUGCUGGAGGGAGAGACCCUCACCCCAGACUACCUAAAAACAAAGAACCAGUUAGAGUUCUGUUGCCACAUGCUCCGGGGCACGAUCGACCCGAAAGAGCCGCCCGUUUAUGAGUAUGUCAAGUUCAUCGGAAACUUUAAGUCCCUCAACACUGUGCCUAACUCAACACGUAACUGCUUUGAGGGAGUGAUCCAGCGAUCGCUGAGGCCAAUGUUCGAAGACCGAGUGUGUUUCAUAGCAACUGUGAGGUUAGCCAAGCCUCAGUUUAUCAAGGAAAUGUGUACUGUGGAGGAGCCCAAUGAGGAAUUCACCUCCAGACACAGUUUAGAAUGGAAAUUCCUCUUCUUGGACCACAGGGCACCCCCCAUCAUUGGCUACCUACCCUUCGAGGUUCUGGGUACUUCAGGGUACGACUACUAUCAUGUGGAUGACCUGGAGACUCUGGCCAAGUGCCAUGAACACUUGAUGCAGUAUGGUAAGGGGAAGUCGUGCUAUUACCGUUUCCUGACUAAAGGUCAGCAGUGGAUCUGGCUUCAGACUCACUACUAUAUCACCUACCACCAGUGGAACUCACGGCCGGAGUUCAUCGUCUGCACACACACUGUGGUCAGCUAUGCUGAAGUGAGGGCUGAACAGCGCAGGGAACUGGGCAUUGAGGAAUCACCUCCUGAGAUCUCAGCAGACAAGUCUCAGGACUCCGGCUCUGAGUCCCAGUUGAACACCUCCAGCCUGAAGGAGGCGCUAGAGCGAUUCGAUCACAGCCGCACACCCUCCGCUUCAUCACGGAGCUCCCGAAAGUCCUCCUCACACACCGCCGUCUCGGACCCUACGUGUACAAUCAUUUUACAUCUGAAGACCUGUAUUGUUCUGCCGGUGCUGCAGUUUUCCACGCAGAUGGAUGCGAUGCAACAUCUUAAGGAGCAACUAGAACAGCGCACACGCAUGAUUGAGGCCAACAUCCAGAGACAACAAGACGAACUGCGGCAAAUCCAGGAUGAGCUGCAGAGGGUGCAAGGCCAGGGCUUACAGAUGUUCUUGCAGCCUGGAGGUGGUGGUCUCAACCUCGGCUCAGUGCAGCUGACGCAGGGAUCAUCCGUGCAGCCAGGGGGCGCUCUGUCCAUGCAGGGGGCGGUGGUGCCGGCAGGGAGCCUGCAAAGCGGCCUGCAAUCCACACCCACAGCGACACAACACACUGUCACUCAGCAGGCACCGCCACAACAACAGAACCUUCUCAGAGAUCAGAGCUCCACUCUAACUCAGCAGUCUCAGAGGUCGUCUCACACAUUGCAGUCUCCUCAGGGAGCACUGCCUGCAUCUUUGUAUAAUACCAUGAUGAUCUCUCAGCCGGCGCAGGCUAACGUUGUCCAGAUCUCCACAAGCUUGGCCCAGAACAGCAGCCCCAGCGGAGCUGCGGUCGCCACCUUCGCACAAGACCGGCAGAUACGGUUCCCUGCUGCCCCACAGCUCCUCACUAAGCUAGUAACCGGCCCAAUGGCGUGUGGUGCAGUUAUGGUGCCUACCACCAUGUUCAUGGGGCAGGUGGUGACUGCGUUUGCCCCGCAGCAGGGCCAGGCUCAAACAAUCAGCAUCACCCCGUCUGCGCAGACGCCGGAGCAGCAGGCGCAAACGCAGUCACAGACAGCUACAGGAACAGCCCAACAGCAAGGACAGGCCCAGGCUCAGCUUGCCCAGCAGCAAACGCAAUUCCUACAGGCCCCUCGGCUUUUACAUGGCAACCAAUCUGCCCAGCUGAUCCUUCAAGCAGCGUUUCCCCUGCAGCAGCAAGGCACCUUUGCAGCCGCAACACAACAGCAACAGCAGCAACUGCAGCAGCAGCAGCAACAGCAGCAACAACAGCUGCAGCAGCAGCAUCAACAACAACAACAACAGCUGCAACAUCAACAUCAACAACAGCAGCAGCAGCUGCAGCAGCAACUGCAGCAGCAACUGGCAGCUCAUCGCUCAGACAGCAUGACGGACCGGUCCAAAGCACCACCUCAGUAGCUGACCGCACGUCAGGGACACAACCCAAUCUCCACUGAGCAGUGCUGCAGGCUGAGGGGCUUCUGAGGGGGAUGUUUGGAGCUAAAAAAUAGCAGUAUUUUGUACUGUACCCUCUCAGAUACCCUUCCACUGCUUAUAGGUGAAGGGCCAGACCUAAACGGGUGUUGUUUUUUCACCCCGUGCCCUCUCCGACCUAUAGGUAGUUGAUCAACGGCUGCUUGCACUGAAUUCUGGGAGAGGUCCGACCACGAAAGCCCAACUUUCUGCUGGCUAGCGAGGAAACAGCGGCGUCUGGUUUUCCGCAAACGGUCUCCACCACAAUAACCGCAUCCCCUUUGUCUCGUAUGCCCAGUGUGUGCCGUCAUCCCUCUUUCACAGGUUUAAUUUAUGCAGAACGAGCUGCAGCGAAGGCUUCAAUACUUAAAGAAGUCCCGCAGGACAAACGGCGUCUUUCUCUUGGCCUCUCUUUCUCUUCCUCUUUCCUCCUCAUUUUACUUUUCGUAAGUAAUUAUGGGUCAGAAAAUAUUUUUAAGAUUAUCACGUGGAUUCAACUUUUAUUGUACAGUUCACCUGUAAAAUAAUGUGUA